GCCGCGGCGGUCGGAGCGGGCGGCCGUGAGGCGGCCGGGCGGAGGGCUGCGGACUUGGCCCUGACCCUGGCCGCGGCCCGGGCCUCCCCGUGGGCUCCCCGGCCGGGCCUCCGCUGCAAGUCCGGCGUCUCCCUGUCCCUGAGCGGCCCACUGCCAAGCCCUGUGGCCGGACCCCCGUGGGCGGACCCCCGAUGGCCGGGCCGGGCUGCGCAGACUCCCGUUCGGCACGAAACCCCCACGCGCAGGCUCACGUUUCCUCCCACCCAGAGUCGCGGCGUGAGGGUCCAGCGUGUUUCUUUUUCCGUGGCCCUUGCUCUCCCGCACGGCGCUCCGUGACUAACGCGGCUGUUUUCUACCCCCGCGUGUCUUGUCCCAGUGUUGGCCACGUGUGGCUGGGGAGCUGCCGAAACGCGGUACAUGUCACAGAGCAAGCACAUGGAGGCCCGGGAGCUCAUGUGCUCGGGAGCCCUGCUGUUCUUCAGCCAUGGCCAGCAAAACAGUGCUGCGGACCUGUCCAUGCUGGUGCUGGAGUCCCUGGAGAAGGCGGACGUGGGCGUGGCCGAUGAGCUCCUGGAAAACCUGGCUAAACUGUUUGGCUUGAUGGAUCCCAACUCUCCGGAGCGCGUGGCCUUUGUGUCCAGAGCCCUGAAGUGGUCCAGUGGCGGCUCGGGGAAACUGGGCCACCCCCGGCUGCACCAGCUGCUGGCCCUCACCCUGUGGAAAGAGCAGAACUACUGUGAGUCCCGGUACCACUUCCUGCACUCGGCGGAUGGAGAGGGCUGCGCCAACAUGCUGGUGGAGUACUCCACCGCCCGGGGCUUCCGCAGCGAGGUGGACAUGUUCGUGGCCCAGGCCGUCCUGCAGUUUCUCUGUUUGAAAAACAAGAGCAGUGCGUCCGUGGUCUUCACGACGUACACGCAGAAGCACCCGUCCAUCGAGAACGGGCCUCCUUUCGUUCAGCCAUUGCUCAAUUUUAUCUGGUUUCUGCUGUUGGCCGUAGACGGGGGCAAGCUGACAGUGUUCACUGUGCUGUGUGAGCAGUACCAGCCGUCCCUGCGGCGGGACCCCAUGUACAACGAGUAUCUAGACAGAAUAGGACAGCUGUUCUUCGGUGUACCACCCAAGCAGACGUCUUCCUACGGAGGCUUGCUCGGGAACCUUCUCAGCAGCCUCAUGGGCUCCUCGGAGCAGGAGGGCGAGGACAGUCAGGACGACAGCAGCCCCAUUGAGCUCGACUGACGCCGCCCGCCUGGACCUGCAUGACGACGCCCUGGGGCGCGGUGGGCGGGCUGGCAGCUGGCCUGGCCCGGCCGCGGGUCCUGAGGCUGCCGUGCUUGGUCGGCGUGUUUGUGCGCCCCAGCCGAGGGCCGUGUGGCCCUGCCGUGCGCCUCAGCUCGACCCAUAAUAAAGCACAGGCUCGUGCCACCACCCUUUCCCAGUCCUCUGUCUCUGGUUUGCUUUGGGGGGCUGUGGGCUCCCAGGCCCAUCCCAGACGGCUUGGGGAGCGGCUGCCCUCAGGCUGACCCCACAUAAAGGUCCUGCGGUGGCCCGGCCCCAGUGUCCUGGAGAGUGCCUGGGCGCCACCCUGUGCCAAAUCCCGGGAGCCAUGCCUGCUGCCGAGCACACGGCACGUGCACUGGCGUCUUGCAAAGGGAGCUGCAGGGCUGCCCACCUUCGUGAUGCAAUAUUUAUUUCACUGGGCGAGACCCUCUGACCCGACGUUCUAGGUUUUCACCAAAUACCCAGUCCAGGAACAAGCUCCUCUGUCCUGUUUCACUGAUGCUACGUCAGACGUUCCCAGGAUACUUACAGGAGGGGACACACUUUAUUUUUUCACACUUAAAAUAAGUUGUAGAUGAAUACAGUGGUCAUGCAUGGGAAGGAGUGACGUAUGCAAUUCUGUUUACUGUAAAAAUGGAGUUUAAAAGGUUUGUGUUAAUUGUUAAGUUUAAAUAAAUCCUUUAUACUGGG